GUUUGAUAUUAUGAUAAUUGACCCGAAAUAAAGCUGUGAGAAACAAAUGGGCCGUAUAAGUCCUUUUAGCCGCGAGGGAUCAGUUUCUAUCAGGAGCGAGAACGAGCAGGAGCAAAAAGUGACAACUGCAGUUUGGCAAGUCAGGACUUGGUAUGACGAGUUUCUCUCGUGGAAUCCGGAGGACUUCGGAAACAUUCGAGACAUCCGGGUGAAGAAGAGUCGCAUCUGGUUUCCCGACUUAGUCGUCACCAACACGAUCCAGGUGCAAGAACCAGAUAUCAAGAUCAAACUGAACUACACGGGGGAAUUAAUGUGGGACAGUGCUCUGGUGCUGGAGACCAGUUGUCACAUCAAUGUCAAGUUCUUCCCAUACGACCACCAGUUCUGCCAGAUUCUCAUUG